CCUUUCACCUCGCGGCGGUUGGCUAACGUGGAAGUCUAAUCCGCCGGCCGGCGGGGCAGCCAGGGCUGUGCUGCCCGGGGUCUGGCGCGCGGCGGCGGCGGCGGCGGCGGUGGUAGUCUUCGCGGCGCGGCUCGGCCUUUCCUGGGAGGGAGUGAUGGGGCGCACGGGCGCCGGUCAGCGGCCGCCGGUGUAGCUCGCGCGGCGCCCGGCCCGGAGCGAGGCGGUAGCGGCGGGCGCGGGAGGCCUGUGAGGGCCGCUGCCCCGGGAGCCCGGCCUUCCGCGCCAUGGCUCCUAUGGGCAUCCGCCUGUCCCCGCUGGGGGUGGCCGUCUUUUGCCUGCUGGGGCUCGGCGUGCUCUACCACCUCUACUCGAGCUUCCUGGCCGGCCACUUUAGCUUCUUCGGUCUGGGUGGCGAGCCGAGCAGUGGCGCGGCGGGGCCCGUUGCCGUGGCCGACGGGGGGACCGUGGACUUGCGCGAGAUGCUGGCCGUGUCCGUGCUGGCCGCCGUCCGCGGCGGCGACGAGGUCAGGCGCGUCCGCGAGAGCAAUGUCCUCCACGAGAAGUCCAAGGGGAAGACGCGAGAGGGAGCCGAGGACAAGAUGACCAGCGGCGACGUGCUGUCCAACCGCAAGAUGUUCUACCUGCUCAAGACCGCCUUCCCCAGCGUGCAGAUAAAUACUGAGGAACAUGUGGAUGCAGCUGAUCAGGAGGUUAUCUUGUGGGAUCAUAAGAUUCCUGAAGAUAUCCUAAAGGAAGUCACUACUCCUAAAGAGGUGCCAGCAGAAAGCGUUACUGUCUGGAUUGAUCCACUAGAUGCCACACAAGAAUAUACAGAGGAUCUUCGAAAGUAUGUCACUACUAUGGUAUGUGUGGCCGUAAAUGGUAAACCUGUGCUGGGUGUUAUACACAAGCCAUUUUCUGAAUAUACAGCUUGGGCCAUGGUAGACGGUGGUUCAAAUGUGAAAGCCCGUUCUUCCUACAACGAGAAGACCCCAAAGAUCGUUGUGUCUCGUUCCCAUUCAGGGAUGGUUAAACAGGUUGCUCUUCAGACUUUUGGAAACCAGACUACGAUUAUCCCAGCUGGUGGUGCUGGUUACAAAGUCUUAGCCCUCUUGGAUGUGCCUGAUAAGAGUCAAGAAAAAGCUGAUCUGUAUAUCCAUGUGACAUACAUCAAAAAGUGGGAUAUAUGUGCUGGCAAUGCCAUCUUAAAAGCCCUUGGGGGACAUAUGACUACCCUGAGUGGUGAAGAAAUCAGUUACACCGGUUCAGAUGGCAUUGAAGGGGGACUCCUUGCUAGCAUCAGAAUGAACCACCAGGCUUUGGUCAGAAAACUCCCAGAUCUAGAAAAGACAGGUCAUAAGUAAGCAUACCCGAUUACAGGGUACCAUUCUUCAAGAGCUGAAAUGGUUAGGCUGAAGUGCUGGAAGCUUCAAAGGAUUGGUGGAGACUGCAUGGUUAACACCAUCCCAAACUUUUAAAAGUAUUUAUGAAGCAUCAGAGACUUAUUUUCCCUGUAAUAGGAUGCAAGAUCCGGGAAAAUGGGUUGCUUCAUGUCUUUGAGUAUUGUCUUUGAGACUAUUUUCGUACAGUUGUCAUACACAAGGCACAUAUAUAUUUGUGAAUUAAAAUCUACAGCCACAUCUACACUGUUAUGGGUCACCAUUUUCACACAACAUCAUGAAUCUUCACUAUUUGUUAAAGCUUUCAUAUAAAAUUGGACUGAAGGAAAGAUUGAUUUUGUGUAAAUAUUUAAUACAACUUUAUAGUUACAGCUCAUUGAAAAUUAAUUGGGGAUUUUUGCCUUUAAUUUGGAUAGAAAGCACAAGAAGUCACACAUUUAUUAAUAUGCAACACGUAUUGUAUUUAUGUUACUGAAUAGUCUGUGGAUUAAAAUAGAAAAGGCUUAAAUUGAUGUUUUCUUCGAAAAUUUAAUACAGGUUCACCAGUUAGUAGAAAAUAUAAACAUAUGAUGAGUUUCCAUUGUAAUCAUAAUUUCUGCGUGUGUGUGUAUGUGUAUGUAUUUUGUUUUUAUAAAAAGUGUAUGUGUACCCAUGAGUUCAACAUUGCUGCCAUCUUGCUGUUGAUUUUCAUUUUCCCUAUGGAAGAAGCAUGGUUAUCCUUUCUCUUCUGACCAAUAUUUUAGUCGUUAACUUGUAAAGUUUGAUUUAAGGUUUCAGGUUAGCACCAUAUAUGAUUCUGGUACAUUUUCUUUUGGGGGAUAAAAUAUGAUAUAAAGCACUCAAAGAAUAUAAAUGAUUCUUAUUAUAAUUGAAAGUUACUUGACAUUACAUGAAUUGAACAAGCUUUUAUUAUUUUCAAAAACUUUGUUUUAAUAAUUUUUUUUUUUAAUGUGCCAGGUUUGUAUAUAGAAGUUUUUCUCAUUAUCAGGAAUGAGUCUGGUUGCUUUUGCCAUGACUGGUUUUACUAUUAAUAAAUGUAUUUAACCUUACCAAACUAUUAAAGUAGUAACUUUUGAGAUACUCUAUAAUUUUCCUUCAGAUGAAAAUAAUGAAGGUUAAGGUUACUCUUUGAUGAAAUUUUUUUCUAUUCAGUCUGCAGAAUCUAGUUGGAAAAAAAGAUUAUGACAUAUUCAUUGUGUCAUCAAAGUAGAGCCUUGUUUUGUGAACUAUCUUUUGUUAGGAUGUGUGGUUUCUCUCAGUGCAAUAUUUGUAAACUUCAUAUAAACAAUCACAUUAUUUCAUGUGACUUCAAUGCCCUUGUAUUCCAUAGCACACUAAAGAGAUUUCUCAUGGUCUUCCUUUCUCUCUCUCUCUCUCUCUCUCUCUCUCUCUCCCCCCCCCCUUUUCCCACUCCCUCCAUCUCCAUUCAUCUUCCUGUUGUAGAGGUAAAAUUCACCAAAGAAUGUGCAUUCUAGGCUGGUAGAGUGUGCAUACUUUAGGUUAGUAUGUUACAUUGUCCAAAGCCCUUUAAUGCAUCAUUAAUAAACUGAAUUCAGUUAUGAUAUGGAAGUUUUCGCUUGAUCUGUAGCAGCUGGUCAGAAACUUGGCCUCGUUAGAUAGGCCUUUUGUUCAGUGAAAAUGUAUUCAGAGUUUUGGUAGUUGGAACACUUGAUAUUUAAACAGGCCUUGAGAAUUUUGAAAAUAGUAUGAGAAAUCUCAUCUUUUUUACUUUGCAGUAAGUUGAGGAGAUCUCUUAUUCCCCAGGAGAGAUGGCAAAGACAUACACUGUUGCCAGAGUCCUAUGGAAUAAGCGUUUGUUUUAACUGUAGUAUGUCAGAGUUAGAGAAAUGGAAUGAGAAAAUGGAAUUUAAUGGAAUUUUUUUCAGUAUUAUAUGGAAAUUUUAAGCUUUUGUGGAAACAAAACCAGUUCAUUUUUUAAUCAGUUUUAAUUUUAUUAACUGCAUAUAGAUAAUGUUUGUGAAGGAUAUGUAUUGUGUGCAAAAAUUAAGAUAUUGGCUAAGAGUUAACUACAUUAUUUUUCUAAUUUGUUAGGUGCAGUGUAGUGGUUAUUUUUAAGUGUUUUUAUAGAAAGUUCAUUUUUUUUAAUUUUGUUUCUAAAAGCCAAUAUACUUUGCAGAACUAGUGCAAGUCCAAGGGGCAGUAUUUACAUGAGACGCCACUGCGCCACAGCGCAUCAGUAAAGCAGCUCCAUGAAUAAGGCAUGUAAUAUUUUCUAGAAUUACAAAAAAUGAUUUCGGAAAAGUACCAAAAUAAGUACCGUUUUUCUAUUAGUGAUCUCACCUUCCCAGCUCCUAGCCUUCUCUUUUCUUCUUCUUUGCCCUUUUUUAAAGGAUAGUUCCUCUUAAAAUUGAGUUUGAUCAUCACAUUUAGUAGAAGCAGUGACAUCUAUAAUCUUAGUAUUCCUCAGCUGCCCCCAUGCCCUCUACCUGCGACCAUCUCUCCUGCCCAUUAACAUUCUCCUUCUAUCUCUGCUUCUCUUCCCUAGCCAGGAUGUUUUCCCCAGAUUCUUCUAUGUACACAUUCUUCUCUAGAUUGGCUGUGAAACCCAUCUCUCAAGAAUGUACAUGUAGAAAAUACAAGAGAGCUGGGUGGGUAAGCCUGCUAGAGCACGUGUGCUUUUCCUGGAUUCCUGCUUGUAGCCACCAUUGUAGUUGAAUGUACAAGGGCCUUCGAGACAGACAGAUAUAUGUGUCUUUAGUAUGUGAUUGUCUCCUUACCCCAAUUUUAGUGUUUCUUGAUUUUUAAAUCAAAAAUAUUCAGAUAAUUGUUCAUGACUAGAAUGAAGUAACAGAAACAUUUUGCUUUAUAUGUUUAAGUGACAGUUGUGCAAAUUCUUUGUUUGCUGGUGCUCCCCUUGGGUGUUUUGUAAGUUGUGUCAGAAGAGGUGGGGCAGGGCAGCAGCCAAGAAGAGCGGGAAAGAAGAUCCAGGGACGCUGAGUAAGAGGGAAGAGGCAAAGCACACAGCUGCCCUGACUUCGGGAUCAAGAACUCUGCUCUUGUCUCUGAUGUUGAACUACUCAAAAAUUGGAUUUCACUCAGGCUUUGAAGGUGACAGCUACCUCUGAUAGCCCGAGCAUAAGUAAAAAAAGGUGUAGUGCCACUGCAGAAAAGAAAAUAUCCAGCCCUCCUCUCCUGGAUCACACCUUGAAGAUGGCCUUCUGGAGACAGUGUGACAGGUUAAAAGAGGAACUGUUGGGAUGAUUAUUCUAGCUGCAACUACCUAUCUUGGCUAUGUGUUGACUCAUCCUAGAUAGAAACACUGAUUUUUCAUUUUAGAUUUUUGUUGAAUUCAGAUGUAUUUAAUUAUAUGUCUACAAAAAGUCUGUCUUUAACUGUUGUGUAAAAUAAACCUAAUCUAUGGUUUUAUUUUUAUCAUUAAAAAAGUUGUGCCUUAACAAAGGGCAUUGUAUGUUAAUAAGGGAAAACCUUUUUUUAGUAGGUGGGGAAAAUAGGAACUUUUGCCAUUAAAGUUUUAAGUUCUUUUAAUGUUUUUAAUGUUAGAGAUAGGGGAAAUUCAUUAAAAUUAAAUAAAAUUGAUAUAAAUUAUUUUUUCAUAACAGCAUUUACAACUAAAGUAUGUUUUUAUAAGAACUGGCAUCUUUGAUGUAUAUAGGUCUGAAAUGAUACUUCAUCUUUUGAUUUUUAAUUUUAAUAUUAGACCAGGAUAGAUCGCACUUUUACCAAUCUUUUAAAUAAACCAUUUCAGUAUGCUAUUCUGUUCUCCUAGUUCCCUAGAGUCAUAUUCGUCUAAAAAAUAACUGUUUAUUCACAAUAGCAUAUCAAUAAUUUGUUAAUGUUAAAAAAUACUGUACAUAUUAUAACACUAUAAACCAGAGCAGUUCCUCAGGGGAGGAGGAUUCUAAUUCUGAUUAGUAGUAGCUGAGAGGGCAAGAAGGAUUGAACUCUGUACUUCAGAAGGAGAUGUUGGUUUUACUAGGUGCUGGUUAUGUAAGUUGUUUAUUUCAUUAAAGCUUGGCAGGUAUAUGAAUUCCAGUUUACUGUUUGCAAAGCUUUAUUUAUUUUUAAUGUUUAAAAUAGGGUGGUUAGGGUGGCGCCUGUGGCUCAAGGAGUAGGGCGCCGGUCCCAUAUGCCGGAGGUGGCGGGUUCAAACCCAGCCCCGGCCAAAAAAAAAAAUAGGGUGGUUAAUUUUGUGGGAAAAUGAGAUUUAUAAGUAGUUUUCAUUUGAGAUAGUAUAAGCCAAACUUUCAGAAGUUAAGGAUAAUGAAUAAUAUUAAGACAACUGUUAUAUAUUGUGUUUGUAAGUGUUCCCCAAAGUAUUAUAAUUAACAUAAUUUGUGUAAAUUGCAAAAGCAAAAUCUGUGAUGUUUGUUUAGUAGCAUGUUCCAUUAAAAUUUAUUUUGAGGUGUA